AUGAUUGCUCCAGGUAUGCCAGCGCUCCCCAAUCAACCAACCAGGGCUCUCCCUGCAAAUGCCCAAAUAUGGGGGAGCUCCGCCUCCCUCCUUGGAAGUCUACCUGGGCCUUCUUCAUUUGAUCACCUGAUUAAACCCAUCUCCUCCAUGAUUUGCCAGACAGUAAACCCACUCUCUAAUAGAGUCCACUUCACCCUGCCUCUCACUGUAAGGGAUCUUUUUAGUGGGCUAUUCAUUACUUCUCUCUCCCUACUUGAUUCUGUCUUUCUUCAUCUUCGUCGUGUUUUAUUUCUCUCAACUGCUUUUGGAGUUGGGAGAGAGGGGGGUAUUUCAUUCUCUUUUUUCUCAAUCACUCAGCUCUUCUCCGUUUUCGGGACGUUUCGAGCCAAAACCCAUUUAAGUUCUCUGCUUAGCACCCGUCCAGGCGGUAAGUCCCAUGAGAACAGGCGAAGCGGUGGUACUCUGUUCUUUCUGGAGUCUCUCUGUCGUAUUCUGUUUGCGAUGUCUCUGCGUUCUUUUUUUAUGGAUCAUGUAUUCACACCUUUCUUUUAUUCUUAUUUUCAUCUCUCCCUUCCUAUUUUACAAAAUCAUUCUUUCUUUCAUUUAUUUCUCGCUUCUUAUUCUACAUACGUUUCUUUGCAUGUCAACAUUUUCUCAAUUUUAUUCCUUUCAAUCUUUGAUUCUUUACUAGUCGAUAUGCCUUUCUUUCUUUCUUUCUUUCUUUCUUUCUUUCUUAGCUCCCCUCUCAAAGAGCUGCAAAUUGUUUCAAGAUAUUAG